CCCCCGUCCUUUUUGUCUCUUUUUUUCCUGUCUUCUAUCUCUCCUCUCUUUCACUUUUGGAAAGAUAUUUAGACACAUUAACAUUCAACUUCAUCUUCUUUCCCUCUUCCCUUAUUAGUAAUAACUUACUAUAUUAAAACCCCCAUAAAAAUCUGUAUAUAUUAUUGGAAGGUGGCGACUUGGUUGGACAUCGCCAGUGUUUCAAACUUGGCACUAUUGUUGCCCAGUGUAGGCAUAUUUCAAUUCUUUUUAAAGAUUGAUAUAGUAAUUGUUGUUACGAUGGAAUGGUUGGUAGUUAUAGUGUUUUUGUUCUGAUGAUGCCACAGAUAAUGUGUAAAAAUGAGAAAAAUAAGCCCGCGUUUAGCCAUAAGAAUUAUUCACUUUAUUCUGAAUUUUUUUUUCACUUUUUUCGGAAUCAGCGUUUGGCCAUGAGAAUUCCGAAUAGAACUUGAAGUUGUAUUCCGGAAUACCAAAAACUCAAAAAACUUAUUUUUUAAAAAAAUUCACCUUUUUCACUUUUUUAUUAUUACAUUUUACCAAAAACUACAAUUUCAAAAACUAUUGUCAAACACAAUUCCAACUCCAACUCUAAAAUUCCAAAAAAAAAAAAUUGGUAUCUAUGGACAAACGGGGCUAAGUGUUUGAGGUGCGGUGUAUACCUCUAUUGUAUAUCAAGUAUAUUGUUUUUUGUAUAUACACAGUAUAUGAUAUACAUUGUCGGAAAACGUGCAGGAAGAAGACCUAUGUGAUAUACAAUGAUAUACACAAUAUACAACAUCAUAUAGAUUGUUAGAAAAUGUGUCGGGAAUAGAACUUUCUGGCGACCUGCCAUAUUUUUUGCUAUAAAAGACUACUAAAACUUUUGUGAUUUUUUUUUGGGUUAUUGAGGGGUUGUUGGGGAAGAUAUUUGGGAUGGGGAUGAGAAACAAACGUAAAGAAAGAGAGACAAAGUUAUAGGAGUUACUUAAUGGCAGUUUUUAUGGGCUACAUGCCCCAGUGGCAAUUUUUAGCUAAGCAUCUGUCAAUUAUCUUUAAAAUUGUAUGUAGGUAUCAGUUUCCUUCCUUGACAAAAACAUUGCACCAUAUAGCGUUGUUUGAGGCUGCUCUUUAACGUUUUCCCUUUCAAAGGUAAGUGGAAACAUAUGUUAGACACCUGAUUUUUGAUAUCUCGUAAUUUAUUUUAAUUAUUCGGGGUCCUUGGAUAAUAAAUAAAAUAAUUUUACACACUCCUAAAGACUCUUGAUAAUUUUACAUAAUUACCCAGGUCAACAUUUUACUUCUAUAAAUUAAUAGGGAAACCUUCAAGGCUCUAUUAAUCAUUCAGAAAUUUAUCAGCAUUUUAUAAAAUACUUUUAUAAUUUGUCAACAACAGAUCCGUUUUAAACAAUUGUUCAUUUAAUUAAUCAAAGUCGAGAAAUCAAAUGAGAAUGCAAUUUAUUUUAUUUUUCAUCCAAGGAAUUUAAGUAGUUGAGAGAAUUUACCAUUAUACCCCUCAAGCUUUAAAUUAUUAUAUGUUUGCAUAAUUAUGUCGAUUUUGACGAAAUUGUUUUGAAAUUAAUUUUUAGUUUUAAUUGUUGUAUUCUUGCAUAGAUGACCACCUCAUAAUUAACCAUUUCAUGGUUCAAGAUAGCUGAGGUCAAUUUUUGCAAAUUUUAAAUUCCUAAUGACUUUAAUUGAAAUGUCCAGACCAUGGGCAAAUUGAUUAAGGUCAUUAAUGCAAAUAUGUCUUAAUUGGUUAAAUUAAUACCAAGGUAAGGCUAUAUUUGCAAUAAUUAAUUGCAAGGCUAUUUCUGCAAUUAAUUACACUAGCAGGCUACAAUUGCAACCCUCAUUUAAUUAAGGGUCAAUUAAAGUGCCAUAUUUGCAAAACGAGUUUUAAAGUCGCAUUUUAAUUUAAUUACACCUUUGUUGGACCACGUUUUAAUUAUUUGUUUUGUUGCGACUAGUCAUUUUAAACACUAACCUAUUUUUCUAUAGUGCUCGUCUUACCCCUACGUGCAUAUAUACAUUCCAUAAAUGCUCGUAUACGUGUACGAUAUACAAAAUAGGCCCUCCUCAUUUAAAAUAAAUGGCCGAGCCCAGUCCAUAAUGGACUUGACCCGACCCAAAUGGGAGAAGUAAGUACUCCCUCCGCUUCAGUCAAACACACCCCUAGGAGGGGUCAUGACUCUCUCUACAAGCUAGGGUUUCUUACAACCCUAGCGCCGCCCCAUCCCUUCACCUCUCUUCACGUCCAAUCGACGGCGUAGGGCCUAGAAUAUGCGCGUGAGACAUGGUGUUGGCAGAAGAAAGGAUGACACAUUUAAUUGCUUCAUCCUUUUCGCGUUUUCUCCACUCAAUCUCAUCCAAACAGACACUUGAAGGUACAAUCCAAGUGUUUUCACUUACUUUACUCCACUUUACAGUUGUUUUAAUCGAUUAGAGCCGUUGAUUGUUGCUCUUCUUUGAAUCUGAGCCCUCCAUUGUAGAUUUAAGCUUAAAGUUUGUGAAAACUGUGAUAUCCCACAUUGUUUGUGAAGUGGUAGAAGUUAUCUUUGGGGUUCUAUUUGUAUUGUGAAAAGAAGAAGAAGGAAUCCGGAUAAAAAAGCUUCCUACUUGAUAUCAUUCGAGUUAAAAGCUUAUUAGUUAAAAUUCUAAAGGUUUUAAGGUUUUAAAAAACUUGUUCUCAGUACAAAAUUUCCUCUUUUUUUUUUUGGUGGUGGUGGCUGGAUUUGGAGUGGAAGAAGUUUUCAAAUCCCUUCUUGAUUCAAGUCUGCGUCUAAAAAAGGUAGGCGGGGAGAUGGAUUAGACCUGUAGGUGUUCUAUCAGCGGAUUCUUACGAGCACUCCACUUACUUCAGAGCUGCAGUCUAUUUGAUGUCAUCAGGUGGUAGUGAUCAAGGUAGAGGUAGAGGUAGAGGUAGAGGUAGAGUUGGAGGUACUAGUAAGAGAAAAGAUAAAGACCUAUAGAUCCUACAGCUACUAGUAGUCAGUCCAUUCCGUCUGCUCCACAUAUGCAGUCUACUCCGCCUUCUUUUUUUAUGCCUGACUCUUCUAUGCAGGGCUAGUCUGGUCAGUGGGCCUUUCAGCCGGCACCACCUCAGCCGGCAUCAUUUACCUAUCCCACUUCUAUACCUAUACCUAUGUAUUGCCCACCACGUGGCAGAUCUCUUAGCACAUCGGCCACUUUGUCUUCUUCUCCUUCUCCAAAUGGUACACCUCCAAGUGUAUCUAAUUUGCGCCUUAGAGAUAGCAGCUCUGAGCCUGAGUCACUGCUAUCCAACCAGUCUCGGACCAUCGUCGUCCUCCGCACCUGCUCCUGCUCCUGCACCUGCACCGGCUCCUAUACAGGCACCAAUACAUCAUGGUUUACAGCCGGGAGAUAGAGAUGCGAUAGGUCAGAUUUUCAUCGUGCCUGAGGGAGUUGGGUUCUAUCCAGAUCACGACACUACAAAAGUCGUGCUGGAUGUUGUUCGGAGGCUUUAUGGCAAUCAUUUUUAUACUUCAUGGGGUGAAAUCCCAUAUGAUACUCGACAGGCUAUGUUUAGAGAGUUUAACAUGUAUUGUACAUGGGAUCCAAUGGACAAUGAUAGGGUUGCUGCAAACUUUGAGAAGAAGGGGAGUGCAAGGUUGUCUGAUUGGUUUUCGAGGGCUAGAAGGUAUAUGACGAUGCCCCAAUGGCUAAACGCUGAACAGUGAGAGAAACUUAAGGCAUAUUGGCAAACUCCUGAGUUUAUCGCCAAGUCUGAGCCGGCAAAGGCUGCCUCCCAGAAAGGUGCUCUUUGCACACUGCGGGUGCAAGAAGUCAGGGGCACGUGGCUAGAACAAUG